AUGAAGCUUACAUCAUUUCUCAUUGCCAUCGGCGCAACAUCUGCCGUUGCAUUCCCAAGCUCCCUCCAAAAGCGCGAAUGCCAUGGAUCAGGUGAAUCCUGGGGUGCGGAGAAAUUCCUCGCUCUCCAGACUGCCCAGAAGUACUGCGAUGGGAUCAUCAACGGCCCCUUCUCAACCGCCGGUCAGUAUAUCAAUAAGUGUGUCAAUUUGAGCAGCAAUAAGAAGAUGGACUUCUUCCUCCGCUACGACUCAGAUAUCCCUGCCGAUGGGCCUGCACAUGCUGUUGAGAAGAACUUGUGCACUGAGUAUUUCCAUCGCGAGAUCAAUGGAUGUGACCAUGGAGGAAGGAGUUCUUACCCGGGCACUGAGGGGGGCACUGGCGCGCUUACUGUCUCGGCUGACCCGAACGAAGGGAACUGUGCAUAG